CUGUGGCGACUCGCGGCGCGGCCAGCAGACGACGUCGCAGACGACCAGGGACUCCGCAGACCCGCCGCCGUCCACAGUUCCAACAUGAAAGCCCCGCAGGUGCUGCUGGUCCUCGCCGCGGCGGUGCUCUCGAGCGAGGCGCGCGCCGUGAGCGACGCGCGCAUCCCCGAGGACGACUUGUACGCCGUCUACAGCGUGGAGGAGCAGCCCGCCCUACAGCCGCCAGUCUACCCCUUCGCGCCGGACCACCUGGAGCCCUACGUCGCGCCCGAAGGCACCGAAGUGGACGCGGCGCCCCACUCGCUGUCCAAGCGGUCCAGCGUGGUGUUCCGGCCGCUGUUCGCCACCCAGCAGCGCGACGCCGAGCGCCGCGAGCAGAGUGAGCGCCGUCGCGAGUACUGGGCCAAGGAGGAGCGGCGGCGCAGCGCGGUCGCCCACCCCGCCUACCGGCCGUACGCCUCCGCCUACCCCGCCGCCUACCCCGCUGCCUACCCCGCCGCCUACCCCGCCGCCUACCCCGCCCUGGGCCGCUAGGCGACGCGGCGACGCCGCGGACCCCGCGGACGGACCACUGACCGUCUGCGACUUUGGGGCGUCCGCGCCAAAUAUUGACGGCAGCUGACAGGGGCGCGCGCGCCUGGACUUGACAGUGGUGACGACGGAGGCAGUGGCGGUCAGCCCUGCCCGCGACGCCCCCCCCCUCCCCUCCCGACGACACGCCAACACCACGCCGCGCCGCAGCGGUUGUUUCUCGAACGCCGCGUGGAAGAUGACACUUGACUCUUCGGUAUUUUCACACCUGGCCAGGACUUGCCGGUGGUUUGCACCUCGCCGUCGGCCGAGAGUCAUCCUCGUGACGUCACGCGCUGCCAUUGGCCGAAGGGCCCGGCCGGCCGCGGCAUGACGGCGACGCGACCACACGAUGACCGACGACGACAACGACCACCACCACCACCACCACCCCGCCAAGGCGAGCCAAGGCGAGCCAAGGCGCGCCAGACUCAGACGCCCGCGAAACUUGCCGCCGCCGUUCGGCUGUUCGGCGUUAGACACACCGUGCCAUAUAAACAGAGGAAAACUUUGGCAGCCGACAGAAAUUUGCCGCAAACAUGUGCCAAAAAAAUAAACGGCUGGCCCAAACCAUUGCUCUGUACUGUUGUCAUAUUUUUAUACUUUAUUUAUGAUUUUAUUUUUGUACAAUAAAUCGUUUUGUAAUA